AUGCAUUUGAAGCAGUCAAAACUAAGCGAAAAAACGCAAUUCGAAGCGGUCGAGCAGGAGCUAAGUAAGAUUUCUAUGCCCAACACCUCGCUCUACUUCUCUUUCUUGGUGGACUUGACGUUCAUUAUGCGAGAGGCUAUUGCCAUCUUGUAUGCCCCAGCCGCAGCUCAACGAUCAUGGCACAAUAUUGAAACAGCCGCCACUGCCCUCUCUGAGAAUGCCGACCGUUUUCUUUCCCGCCUGCCAUCGGAUUUACAAUUCACGAAUAUUUGUCUAAGCCAACCAUUCAUCCGUCAACGCGUCAGCCUGGCUUUCUACUUCUACUCCAUGAAACUCAUAAUUUAUCUUCCUUGCUUCUGCCGCAUGGCCUACUCGCCGCCAAACAUGAGACCGCUCGGUCCCGUAUGCAGUACCCUAGCCACCCAAUGCGUUGAUGUGGCGGGCCAAAUGCUCAACGUUCUCCCUGACUCGUUGGACAUGAUUCAACUAUAUGACUUUCCCCCGUGGUGGGAUGUUUUCCAUCAUGUGAUGCAGUCCAAGGUCGUUCUUCUGGUUCACUUAUGCACUCAGAACCAGUUAGACAGUGAUGAGAUCAAGAAAAUUUCGGAGACUGUCAAAAAGGCUGCGUGGUGGCUGAAAAAAAUGUCUUCACAUGAUCCAUCAUCGAGUCGGGCUUUACGUGUCUGUCAAGACCUGAUCUCCCAGCAUGAUCCGGAACUUGGGCUGGGACUUGAUCUUGAGGGUUGA